AUGUCAGGAAGUUUCAAGAAAAGUCGACGUUGAACUUGUGAAUGAACCAAGUUUUUCUUAUAAUUGUGUGGUAAUAAGAAGAGUUCCCAGAUGUACUGAUGGAUUUUACAGAAGCCUACCCUGAUAGUUGUUCUACUGUUGGUUCUGCUGCUAGGGCUGGUGAUUUGAUUGAUCUUCAAGAACUAGUGUGGCAUGGAAGACCAGUAGAUGUGAAAGAUAACCGAGGUUGGACACCAUUACAUGAUGCUGCUUUUCAUGGCAAUCCAGGAUGUUUAGAAUUUCUUCUGCGACAAGAGGCAGUAGAUGUAAAUUGGCAGACAUUUGAAGGGGAAACAGCAUUGCUAUUAGCAGCUAGACAAGGCCAUAGAUCUUGUGUUCACACACUUUUAUGUACUAAUGCAGAUGUUAAUAUGGCUACUAAUGAAGGCUUUACACCAUUAUGGGAAGCUGUGAAUUAUGGGAGUAUUGACUGUGUUAAACUGCUGAUUAAACGUGAAGCUGAUGUAGAUUGUAUGGUAUAUACUGGUUACAGACCAAUACAUGCCGCAGCCGAGAAAGGUUUCGCACAUAUUCUUUACCUACUUUUACAAAAUGAUGCACAGAUUGAUGUUUACACAGAAAAUAAAUUAAGUCCUCUCUUUUUGGCAGCUCAUACCGGACAUGUUGAAUGUUUAAAACUGAUUCUCACCGAAAUGAAUGAUAACGAAAAAGAUAUUGUUAAUGUAGCAGCUUUUGACAAUGCUACUCCACUACUGAUAGCAGCACAGGAAGGUCACAGUGAAUGUGUUCGUUUGUUAUUAUCAUAUGGGGCAGAUGGUAAUAUUGCUGUGUCUGAAAAUGGAGGUGUACCAUUACAAUAUGCUAUUUACAAAGGCCACUAUAGUUGUGUUGAACACCUCCUUCCAGUAACCAAUAUUGCACCAAUUUUAGAAAAUACAACAGAGUUACAUCCCUUGAUUAAUGCCUUACACUUGCCAGACACAAAAAUACUACGAUUAUUACUCAUGAACGGAGUGGAUCCCCACAUGUCCUUUCCAUUACACAGUGAUCAAACAGACUUAGAUCGCUUAACAUCAAUAUUCUCACCAUUAACCCACGGUUCCGUCUUGUGCCAGUUACAGACAGACUGUCCAAUUGGUGGAAUCAAAUUAUUAAUAGAAGCAGGUCUCAGUCCAAAUAGUCGUCAUCCUAAAGAGAUGCCACCAUUAAUGGCAGCAUUAUGGAAAGGAUCCUACGCGUUGUGUAUUCUUCUUCUUCGGUCCGGUGCUAACCCAAAUAUUUAUUUGCACAAUAGUGAUGGUAAUUUGGCCAUGAUUUUAGCUGCGAGAGCUGGACUAAAGGAUUGUCCGAUGGAUAAUGUGGAUGUGGUGGAACGGAGUAUAUUUAUUUGGGCUUUAUUCAUGGCAGGUGCUGAAUCCGAAUCAUUGUUCAACAUCACAUCAGGAGAUUCAGUGAACCAUAUUAAUGAUAACAUGUUAUUUACACUCUUCAGAAAAUCUAAUUACCAAUUAGUGCUGUUUAUGGUUUCUUUAUUAUUGUGUUUAUCGCAUGAUGUAACGCUUGAUAAAGCCAUCUUGGAAAUCUUCACAUUUGAAGAUAAGAAAAAUAUCAAGUGUCUUGAAGAGUCCACACAUCGAUUGAGUCAUAUGUGCAGAAGAAAAAUAGUAAAAGAUUUAGGAUCGAAAGGAAAAUAUACAGAGUCAAGAAUACAAUCGUUUUUAUUACCACGAACUGUACAAGAUUAUCUAUUAUUUAAGGAAUAUGGUAAUUUAGGUGGUUAUAUUUUACAACUCAAUAAUCAGUGGAAGAAUUUCCAGUUGUAAAUAUUAAUCUGGCUCGUACUUGAUGGCGAACAAGGGAAGUGUGUCUGCCUAAAAAAAAAUUGAACGGGACAAAAAAUAGAAAGAUUUUAUGUAAAAAUGUUACUGAACUUUAUUGAUUUUUUGACAGUUUUUAUAUGUACGCGCAGUAAUUAAUUAGUCAAUGAAACGUUUCUAGUUGUAAGCCCAGUUCCUACUUGUCGGAGGUACCUGUUGUAAGACGGACCAAAAAGUGUGUAAUCAUUUAGAAGGGAACCAAAGAAACCCCAGAGUUUUUGUGUACAGCACAUAAAAGAUUGCUUUAAAGUUGGAGUUGAAUACAAAUCAUUUAAAAGGGAACCAAAGAAACCCCAGAGUUUUUGUGUACAGCACAUAAAAGAUUGCUUUUAAGUUGGAAUUGAAAUACAAAUGGCAGAAACGCUACUCGCCGCAUGUGAAAAUAGUCCUAUAUCAUUUUUAUACGCCCACAUGGAAAUGUGGUCGUAUAUUGCCGUCGCCGUGAACACUCUACAGACUACAUUUAUCAUCUGAUUGUUUUGAAAUUGAUAUAUGUUGUUUGCAUUAGUGAGAUGAAGAAGCCUAUUUAAUUUCAACAACUUCCGUUAAUUUUGUCUGGAGUUAUGGCCCUUGUUUCACUUUGUUGCACCUUGUGAACACUCUAACGACAAAAGUUAUGAACCGGUCUGUAUGAAAUUUACUUGCAUCAUUUAAAUUAGUAAAACAAAGAAGCCUAUUGAAUUUCAGCAAUUUCCGUUAAUUACAUCUAGAGUUAUGGCCCUUGUUUCACUUUGUUGCUCCUUGUGAACGCUCUAACAACAAAAGUUAUCAACCGAUCUGUUUGAAAUUGAUAUGCAUCAUUUAAAUUAGUGAAAAGAAAAAGCCUAUUGAAUUUGAGCAAUUUCCAUUAAUUACGCCGUGAGUUAUGGCCCUUGUUUCACUUCGUUGUACCUUGUGAAUGCUCUAACGACAAAAGUUAAUAUCCGAACCGCAUGAAAUUUAUAUGCAUCAUUUAGAUUAGUAAAACAAAGAAGCUUAUUGAAUUUCAGCAAUUUCUGUUAAUUACAUCUAGAGUUAUGGCCCUUGUUUCACUAUGUUGCUUCUUGUGAACGCUCUAACAACAAAAGUUAUCAACCGAUCUGUAUGAAAUUUAUAUGCAUCAUUUAAAUUAGUAACACAAAGAAACCUAUUGAAUUUCAGCAAUUUCCGUUAAUUACAUCUAGAGUUAUGGCCCUUGUUUCACUUUGUUGAAUCUUGUGAACGCUCUAAUGACAAUAGUUAUCAUCCGAUCUGUUUGAAAUUGAUAUGCAUCAUUUAAAUUAGUGAAACGAAGAAUCGUAUUGAAUUUCAGCAAUUUCCUUUAAUUACGGCGUGAGUUAUGGCCCUUGUUUCACUUUGUUGUACCUUGUUAAUGCUCUAACGACAAAAGUUAUUAUCCUAUCUGUAUUAAAUUUAUAUGCACCAUUUAGAUUAGUAAAACAAAGAAGCUUAUUGAAUUUCAGCAAUUUCCGUUAAUUACAUCUUGAGUUAUGGCCCUUGUUUCACUUUGUUGAAUCUUUUGAACGCUCUUAUUACAAUAGUUAUCAUCCGAUCUGUAUGAAAUUCAUAUGCAUCAUUUAAAUUAGUGAAAUGAAGAAGCCUAUUGAAUGUCUGUAAUUUCUGUCAAUUACUUCUAGAGUUAUGGCCCUUGUUUUACUUUGUUGAACCUUGUGAAUGUUCGAACGACAAAAUUUAUCAUCCGAUCUGUAUGAAAUUGAUAUGUAUUAUUUGAAUUAGUAAAACGAAAAAGUCUGUCGAAUUUCAACAAUUUCUGUAGAUUACUUCCAGAGUUACAGCCCUUGUUUUAGUUUUUAGAACCUUGUGAACCCUCAAACGACGAAAAUUAUAAUGUCAUCUGUAUGAAAUUGUCUAUUAAAUGCCCCCUAAUUACCUACAAAAGAACAAAUAUACGACAACUCUUGUGAACACUAAAGGUUAUUUUUUUCAAUCUAUUUAGCAGCAGUAAUUAUCAUCUGAUGGGGACUAACAUACAGUUCAAAUUAAUUUCAAUAAUUCGCUGGGGUGGUUGGGUCUUUAACAGUGGGAGGAAACCAGAGGACCUGAGAAAACCUGGAAGGUUGGACAGGCGAGCCUAUACCUUGUCACGUGCAAGCUGAGAAUCGAAAUCAUGCCACUUGAUUAAUUAAUAGACCUUAGGUUGUAAAGAGCAAGUCUUAGACCAUUCAUCCACCCAACCUCCUUUCAUCAUAGUAGGUUAAAGGAGAUGGUCCGUCAGAUUCUAACAAAAGAUAGAUAAUGAUAGAUAUAGACAUUGUUUCCAGCUGCCCACCAUUGAAGGUCUACUAUUAACAAGAUCUGCUUUAUUAACAUCAUCAAUACUAUCAAAUCUGUUUAAUUAACAUCAUCAAUACUAUCUAAUCUUUCAACAAUCCGUCCCCACAUUGAAAAUUGGUGAUGUUUUAGCAAAUUGGUCAAAUUUGUUUAUUUGGUGUGUUGAAAUUGAUGUAACUUGUUUUUACUCGGUUUUCUACUCUUCCAGUCAUAAGACAAUUGAGGUCAGAAACAUAAUGUUUAUUUUACUGUUAUAUUUAAAUGAAAGUGUCUGGGUAUAAGAAUCAAAAACAUAAUGUUUUUUUUACAGUUAUAUUUAAAGAUACAUUAUGGGAGAUUAGAUAAAGAGCUGAUAGUUCUCACUAUAAUAGUUAAAAACUAGAUAAUGUGAAGGGAAUUUGCUGAACAUUUCACCCGAAUUGAUCCACCCUGAACCGAGUAUUUAGCAUUGAAUUUGGGGCCUAGCCACAUCAUCAUUACUCAAGUAGAUAUGAUAAAAAAACAUAGUCUUGAUUAUCCAUUUUUUUAUUUAAUCAGAAGCAGCAGACUGGGUUCUAAUCCAGUAUAUAUUGCAGGCUAGCGAUGACAACGAGAGUUGAUUAUGGUCUAGAUAUGUUAAUUAAUGUCUAAUUAAUAAUUUAGACAACAUUUCAGGCCUACAAAAGGCCUGCAGUUGGCAGAUUUAGCUCUUGCAUAAUGUAUGUUUAAAUGAAAGUGUCUAGGUAUAAGAGUUAGAUGUUGAUAUACAUAGCCGUCAUUGUAGUCUAAUCUAUUUUAAAAUCAUAGAAACAUGUUGGCCAUCUCCUUUAAGGUUUCAAGACGAACCUCUCAUUUGGCUCCUCUUUCAAGUUUCCCUGGAAACACUUAUCUGCAAUAUCACCCUUGGUGGAAGUAGACGUUAAACCUCAACGAAUAGACUAACCUUUAAGGUUCUCAAUUCCAUUUUUCCUCUAAUCAUGUCAUGAAAUUUAUGUCCACUCUGAAAAAAAAGAGAACAUUUGCAUAAAGGGUUUUAUGCUCUACUUGGACGGAGGACAUUGUUUUGGUUUUUGUCCCAUUCAACACUGUUCCUUGCCAGGGCUUCGUUCUGCACCACUGACAAGGGGAUAACCACACUGGAAAAUUCAAGGGUACUUUCUGAGUAUCAAACCCAAGACUUUCUGGUUAGAAGUACACAGUUGAGCUAAUAUUGUAUUCGUUACAAAUUGUGGACCACAGACAAUAUUCAAGAUUGAUUUUCUUUUAUGGCUUUAUAAUAAAUAACUAUGUAGAAUUUCAAUUUUCACAGAAACAGAAUCUUAGUAAAUUAUUUUUUUGUUUUGGGAUGUAAAGUUGAUAAUGCAAAUAACUUUUUUUUUCUACAAUUAAUGUACAUUAUUUUGAUGUGUGCCUUUUGUUUUUUUACAAUUUACUUAAAUUUGUUAAUGUAUACAAGAUUUUUUUUUUCUUUUUAUUCUAUUAUUAAGAAAUUAAAGAAAUAUUUAAUAAUGAAUCCAAAUUUAAGAGUCAUGUAUAUACAUUUACACACCCAUAGUCUCAAUGACUCCUCUCUUGUUGAAGUGGAGGUAAUUUGAGCUAGAGCUAUGGAAACCAACAUAUGCAUUAUUUAAUGUUGAAUUAUGAAUUCUUUAAAUAAUUUAUCACAUAAUUGUUAAUAAAAUGACCAAUUACAA